UUAUUAGUAAUUUAGUACAGUUGAGAGAAUGAUUAGAUCCAUGUUUCAUGUACAGCGCCGACAAUAACUGAUCCUAUUCUUCUCUCAAACAUAAUGAGGGGACGAGAAUACCUCUUACCUACUUUGUUUUAAUAAUCAACUAAUCAUAAUAAUCAAACUCACAAGAAAGAAACUCAACAAAGAACAAAUACUAAUAAUUAUUAUUAUUAUUAACUUUACCAUUUGUUUCUCUUCCCCUAUUGUUACAUUACAUAUUCAUAAUCAUAAUAAAAUUCAUUCUGAUUUUUCUGCAUUGAUUUUGUUUAUGGGUAUGUUUUGGAUUGAAUUAUCAUGAGAAGAAUUAAUGGAGGAGAUGCCAGGGGUGUUAGGAACUAGCUCAAGUUUUGCUCUUAGAUUGGGCCAAACUGUCUUUUCCUCUGCUUCUCUUUUCUUCAUGUGUUUGGAUGUUGAUUUCUAUGGUUACUCUGCUUUCUGCUUUUUGGUAAUGGUGAUGGGUUUGGUAAUUUCCUGGAGCACAACCUUAUUGAUUGUAGAUGGAUACUCUAUCUUUGUCAAAAAUGUACCGAAGCAACGGAGAUUCAUUUUCACGAUUACUUUUGGCGACAUGGUUUUGUCAUAUCUCUUACUAGCUGCAGCAUGUUCAACUGCUAGUAUCACAGAUUUGUUGAAGAAAGCUGAUAAAGCAUACUGUCCACAAAAUUUAUGCAACAGAUACCUAAUUUCUGCUGCUAUGGCCAUCUUAGCUUGGUUUCUUUCAUCAGCUUCUUGUCUAAUUAACUUUUGGCUUUUUCCUUCUCUGUGAAAUAUCUUGCUCAUUUUUUAUAGUAUAGAAUGAUAAGAGCUCAAAUGGCAAA